UGUGAUUUCUUUGUGUUUCAGGAACACUCCUCAUCCAUUAAUCACUGUCCUUGAAAACAGACCUGAUUGCUGGCCGGUUCUACUGCAGCAGAUAACAGUAUUUUUCCAUCAGUGUCCAGAGAGGGCACAGAGUUCCUGUGUUGGCAUAAUGACUCCAUUUCUAAGAUACCUGUAUUGCGAACCUUCUCAGUCACGGGAAUAUGCUGAACUGCGAAUGGGUUUACUUAAGGUUUUACUGCAGCCUCAUGCUGCGGUGCACAGAGAAACACCCUCUCUGCUGGAAUGCCAGAUUCUUCAACUUCUGUUUGAUUUGAUUCCACACCUUCAGCUUAAAGAUUUACAGCAAGUUACAGAAGCCUUGUUUUUUCUGCAAGAGCUAUUCCUCAGAAUGCUGCGCUAUCCUGUGUUUUGGAAAGUUCAGUUAUCCCAGUUUUGUCUGCAUCUGUUAUGCUUCUGUGAAGUGUGUUUAAAUGUAACGGGAGAAUGCUCGCCUUUGAUCUUCUUAAUGGAGGACAACUUUGAACUCUUAAAAGAGGUGUUUCCAGUGGAACAGUGUGCAGUUGGGCUGGCGCUUCUAUUGCUGCAAACACCUGAAAGUCAGCAAAAGUCUCUCUUGAGUCUAGCCUGCAAGCUCCUUUCCUGCUCAGAAACGCAGAACAUCUCAAGCACAGCCCUUACUUUGGUGAUGCCUGUGCUACAGAUCUUAUCUUCUACAACAGUUGGGGACUGCCUACCAGAGGAUGAUUCUGGAACUACUAGGCAUCAGCUGGCUCUAAAUCUUUUGGGAAUAUUACAGGAGGAAGGUGUGAAGGAUAAAAAGGAGUUG